AUGCAAAACAACACCAAAAACAACAUUUAUCUAAAACAAUCAACAACAACAGCUAAACAAAUAUUUUUAGAAAGAUUAAUGAAAUUAGCAUCAGAAAAAGUGUCAGAUUUAUUUAAAAAUGAAAAAUUAAUUCAAGAACGUCGACAACUUUCAAAUUUAAUUGAUGAAUGUGUUUUAUUUGAAAGAGAAAUGUUGGAAAAUUUUGGUUAUUUGGAAGAAUCUGAAAUUCAUGUAAUUUCUACUCUCUGUAAUUUUGACAAAGUUUUGGAAGCUUGGAUAAGAUUGGAAAGGGAUACGCUUUCUGCUGGGGUAGAUGCUAUUUUGGCUGAUAAUAAUGCUUAUGAACCUAGAUAUAAGGAAGCGGCUGAUGUUGAUCCGUAUUUGGUCCCCAAUUUUGCCGAUUCAUUUGUAAUCUUAAUGCAAUCAAUGUCAGAACGUUAUCGUUCAAUUCCCGAUAUGAAAAUUCAAUGUCGUUUUCUUAAAUUACAACUUUUAAUAGUUGAUGAAUUUAGAAGUAGAAUUGUACGAAUUGGACAGGCAAAUAAUCAUAAUUGUUUUUGUACACCUUUUCCACAACUUUUAAAUGCUUUAUGGUAUUUAACUUUACUUUUGGAUGAUUGGAGUGAUUCACCCGAAUUUGUCCGUCUUCAAUUUUUCUUACAACAACACCAACAAACCAAUGAUUCCCAUUCACAACAACAACAAACUUCUACCACCUCUUCAUCCUCUUCCCAACAAUCAACAAAUUUAAUAAAUUCAUUAGCUAGAGGAACUUUUGAUGAAAAUGCUUCAUUAUAUCGACAUGUUUGGCGUUUAUGGGUUAGAAAUAUUUGUGAACAAUUUUCUGAAUUAAUUAGCAAAAAAUUGACGUUAAAAUAUUCAAAUGAAAAAUGGUAUGAUUGGGAAGGGCCUCCAAAACCUUCAGAAAUUACACCUUCUUUUGAACCUUUUUUACGCAAAGUUAAAGAAUUGUUGGAAUGGUUAAGUUCAAAUAUUUCGUCAGAUUCUGUGCUAACUUUUCAACAUUUGACAAAUCAUGAAAUUUGGACAGCUUUGGAUUUGUGUGUUAUUUCACAGACUGCUUUUAAUUAUCGUGGAGCAGCCCAAAUAUUGUAUGAUACAACAAAUGCUUUAAUUCCCCUAUUAAAUCAAUGCUAUGGAAAAAUGCGGGGUGCUGGAGUUUUUGAUGUUUUUAAUGAAAAAUGUAUUUCUGUUCUUUCCACACUUCGUCUACUUUCCUUACCUCCCCCAACAGCUAUAUUACUCAAAGAUGAAAUUAAAAAUAUUCCGGAACAACAAUUAGAUUCAAAAUUGGAACAAUUUGAUAUUAUUGGAAUUAAUAAAGCUAAAGUAAUUCAAAUUUUUGAACAAAGAUGUGAUUUGGUAGCUAUUGAAAAAUUAAUUAGUUGAUGAAGAUUUUUUUGUUUACUUUUGGACUGUGAUUUUUUCUAAUAUAGUAAAAAAAAAUUUUAAUUGCUUUAGAAUAAUGAACAGGGCCGUCCAAGUUAUGCAAGGAAAAUCAAAAAAUAUCCUCAAAAUAUAUAUGCACAGAAAAAGCUCAAAAUAUCCACUGAAGUAUGCAAAAUUCUCCCAAAACAAAUAUGCAAAAUUUUCCGUGUAUACCCUGUACUAAUGCCCUCC